AUGUCGACAACACCCAACCUCGACGCCCUCAAACGCGACGGCUUCGUCGUCGUCCGCAACCUCCUCACCCCCGACGAAAUCACCCACUACCGCACCGUCGCAACAGAAGCCACGACCAAAACCCGCACCGGCAGCUGGCCUCACUUCCGCACCGUCCCCAAACAGUUCCCGCCUUGGCCCAGCACACCACCUCCAGCCUCCGAGGGUGGCAUCUGGGGUGUCCAGCACCUCAUGCACCCCUCCAUGCCGGGCCGCGACUCCUUCGCCAAAUGCUACUUCUCCCCGACCAUCCUGGCCGUCGCCGAGGAACUGAUGGGCGUGACGCCCGGUUCGACCGAGGAAGAACCUCUCGUCAUGGAAUUGUUUAAUCUGCUCGUGGCGCCGGAAACGAAGGAUUUCGAGCUCCGCUGGCACCGCGAUGAUGUGCCCGAGACCGCGACGGCCGAACAAGAGGUGCAGCAGCUCUCCGCCAAGUCGCCCGGUGGUCGUCAGUCGCACGCGCAGUAUAACCUCGCGCUGUGUCCCGAUGCCUCGCUCAUCGUUGUCCCCGGUUCACACCGUCGAGCGCGGACGGACGCCGAGCGCACGGCUGAUGCCUACGAGCCUAAUAUGCCGAAUCAGCUCGUUGUCGAGCUGCAGCCGGGUGAUGCCGUCUUCUACGAUAGCAAUAUCCUGCACCGCGGGGUGUACAGACAUAAGCCGGCGAGCGGGGAAGAGACGCGGCUGACGCUGCAUGGGAGUUUGGGGCUGAAGGCGGAUGAUGCGGACGAUGCGGAGAAGAAAAAGGUGCGUGCGACGGCGGUCUUGCAGCAUGGUGUUGGGGCUUGGGUGCAUACCCCCGAGGCAGCUUUUGGGCUUGGGGAGAGGCCGGAGAAGAUGCGGGCGAAUUUGGUGGCUAUGGGGACUGGGGAAGGUGUUGGGUAUUCGUUGCAGGGGUGA